AUGAAAAAAAUAACUAAAAUAUGUUUUUCUCCUGUUAUGUAUACUCUACUAUUGCUAUAUCGGAAGCCAGUAAAGAGCUCAUAUGUUGAUAUAACUCUAUUAAGCGAUAACAUGUUUGAUAACAUGCUGAAAACAGAACUGUCAUAUAUGAGCAACCAUUUAACAUUUAAUGAGAAUAAUAAAUCAAAUAAAAGAAGGAAAAGAAAUGAUUCAACAGUAGAUGAUAUUGUUUUGCUAACAAGUAUGUUAUCUCAAAUUAUCCCAUCCAAUUUUUCAAUUUAUCCAUUAGACAUUCCAAACGAAACAGUAAGUAAUAAUAGCAAUGAUGUUAAUAACUUCUUAGAUUUGAUAAAUAUAUAUGAUGCUGACAUUGAUAAUACGGUUACGAAUCACCUAAGUCAAACACAAGCAAUAAAAGGUUGUGAAGAUGACAUAAAAAAUAACAACUGUGAUAGGGAUGUGUUAACAUGUAUAACUUUAAAAAAAAAUAAAUUAUCAGAUAGUUGUAAAAAAUCAUUAAGCAAUUCAUUAUUAUAUUCUUGUGUUGAUGAUUUUCUGCUAUAUUGUAUGGACUACUCAAAAUUUUCAAAAGUGUACAAAUGCUUGAAAAAGAACUUUUAUCAUUUAAGUAACAAGUGUUUAAAUAUUUUAAGUUACUACGAAAAUAUAAUGCAAAAAUUGCACAAAAUAAAGAAUAAACCAUACAACAACCAGGAUCAUUUAUUUUUAGAAAAGGAUAAGGGAAGCAAUGCAGCUGGUAAUUCAAGCAGCUUUAGUGUCUCCACCAGCAAUAAUAAUCACGAUGGUACUGCUCACAACAAAUACAACUUAAAGGCAACAGAUAUAGAAAAUGAGAAGGACGACAAAUACAACCUUUUUAAGGAUAAUUCUGAAAACCAGAAACCCACAAUGGCCGAUAAUUUAAGAAAAGGAUAUGGCCAUUACAUUUUUCCAUCCACUGAUUACAAUUACUUGAUAGAUUUUAAAUUAAUAAAUUAUGAAUAUAAAUACUUUUUAUUCUUUUUUGUUUCCCUACUGAUUUCGUUCCUACUGUAUAUCUUAGUAAUAUGUGUUAAGAAAUAUUACCUUACCGAUUCGAGUAAUUAUUUUGUGAAAUCAGAGAAAGUUAAGUUAGCAAAGUUGUGA